AUGGCUGCCUUGGGUGGUGUGAAAUGUGCCUGCAAUGGUAUGGCGGCAGUCAGGUUGACGGGGUGUAAGGGGGGCGGCAUGUGUUGUCUCCAAGCAGCGUCUGAACCCGCGAUGAGGAUGACAAGAGAGGAGCGAACGGGUGGCUGGAGACUGAGGGAGGGGAGUGAAGAGGGGGGUGGGAAGGAGAGGGAGGGGAUUGAAGGAGGGGGUGGGAAGGAGAGGGAGGGAGUGAAGGAAAGGGUGGGAAGGAGAGUGUGGGGGAUGGAGGAGAGGGGUGGGAAGGAGAGGGAGCAAGGUGAAGGAAUGGGGUAA